UCCUAAUAGGAUUAUUUUACAGAUGACAACAGAGUCCUUCACAUGGACCCUCAACAAAGCUAUAAACUUGAAUAUGCAAUGGAAAAUGGAACACAUACAACCCUUAAAUUCAGCAGACCUCUGCAAACAUGUGACCCACAUGAUAAAAAUAUAACGGAAAGCACAGUAAGAGUAAUUUGGGCAUACCAUGCUAAUGACAUUGAAGCCACUGGUCCAAUUUACCAUGGAUUAAAUCGCGGUCAGAAGAGUUUACGAUUGUUAAAUCCUGAAAGAAAAAAUUAUAUAUCUGAUGAGACUCCAUCUUUCAAUUUCACAAAUCAACAGGUUCCUAUUCCAGAUAAAGACACAACAUAUUGGUGCCAGAUGUUUAAGAUGCCAACACUGGACAAGAAGCAUCACAUUAUUAAGGUUGAACCACUAAUACAGGAAGGUCAUGAGAGUUUUGUACACCAUAUUUUGCUGUAUGAAUGUGACAGAGAAGCUGGUGACACAGUACUUGAAUAUGGGCAUGAAUGCUAUCACUCCAAUAUGCCUGACAUCUUUCUUACAUGUGAAACUGUCCUUUAUGCUUGGGCAAUAGGUGGGGAGGGAUUUACAUACCCACCCCAUGUUGGCCUAUCCAUUGGAACACCAACAGACCCAACAUAUGUUCUUAUGGAAGUCCAUUAUGACAACCCAGUUCAACAGGAAGGUUUAAUAGACAGUUCUGGAAUUAAACUGUAUUACACCCCCCACACAAGAAAAUAUGAUGCUGGUGUUUUAGAGGCAGGCAUUUGGGUCAGCCUAUAUCACAUGAUCCCACCAGGUAUGCCUGCAUUCAGCUCCGAAGGACACUGCACUAUGGAAUGUUUGGAAGAGGCUCUGAGUCAUGAACAACCAGAUGGAAUCCAUGUACUAGCUGUUCUUCUUCACGCUCAUCAAGCUGGCCAAAUUCUCCGUGCACGUCAUUUCAGAAAAGGAGAAGAGCAGAAGUUACUUGCAUAUGACAAUGAAUUUGACUUCAAUUUUCAGGAGUUCCAAUAUCUAGAAGAAGAACGAACCAUUCUGCCUGGUGAUCAUUUAAUUACUGAAUGUCAGUACAACACAAAAGGCAGAUCUACUAUGACAUGGGGUGGCCUGAGUACAAGAGAUGAAAUGUGUCUUUCCUAUUUAAUGUAUUAUCCAAGAAUUAAUCUUGCCCGUUGUGAAAGUAUCCCAGACAUAAAGGAGCAGCUUCAGUUCAUUGGAGUGAAGGAAAUAUAUAAACCCGUCACAUCCUGGCCCUUUAUAAUCAAGAGUCCAAAACGCUACAACAAUCUAACUUUUACAGAGGCCAUGAACGUUUAUCAAUGGUCUAAGAAGAAAGGAAAUUCCUUUAAUGAACAUGUUAAACAAAUACCAAUCAACGUCAGAUGUUCCAAACAUGAAAGCAGAGAAUGGAGUGUUCAGGGAAUGCUACUGACACCCCCUGAAGUGAAGACGUAUACUUCAGAAGCACCAGAAUGUGCCUCGUUUUCGUUAGUAUCAUCCUCUGCAGUCUCUUCAACAGUUAGAUAUGUGCUAAUUGUAUUGAGCACAGUAAUACAGUAUACAUUUUAAGUGGCAGACUUUGUGCAUUUGCAUCCUUUUAUAUAUUGAAAUCCACAUUUAACUGCACUAUUGGAAAUAAGUUUUGAAAAAUAAAACAUUUUUUUUUUUU